UUUAACCAUGAUACAUAGAGAGAAGCACAUACAAUGCAUGGUUUUGACACUUUGUUACCUCUUUCAAAUUCAAUGCGGAUAAAAAUUUGACACUUUCUCUGAAUUCAACUUUUAUUCUCUUGGAUUUGCAUCUGGUGCCAUAAUGAAAUUUAAUGCGGAUAAAAAUUUGUUGCACUCAAUUACGCAAUUCAGUGAAACCUUGUACCAACUUUGUUAUGCUACCCCAAUAAAGACUGUUUCAGAUGGGAUAUGGAGUGACCAGAAAAAAGGCAGGAUUCCAAUGAAAUCUCUCUUUCCAGUAUUUGAAUUACAAGUCAUUGUAAUUUUUGUUAUCACCCAAAUAUGCCGUACAUUGAUCAAGCCCUUGGGACUCCCUCUAUUUAUUUCACAAAUGAUGGCUGGCUUGAUCUUAGUUGGUUUAUUUGAGCUAGCACCAUUGGAAAGUUACAUGACGACGUUAUUUCCUUUUGGGACUCAUGAUAUCAUUUCAACAAUAUCAUCAAUCGGUCUUGUACUUUUUGUUUUUAUAAACGGUGUGCAAAUGGAUUUCAACAUGAUAAAAAGAACAGGACACAAGGCUUGGGUGAUUUCCAUAAUUGGACUCAUAGCACCCUUACUUUUGGGACUUGCCCCAGCAGCUUUUUUCCCUGGAAAAUUUGAGAGAAAACAUGAAAGUGAUAUCUAUGUAUUACUUGUAUCGCACUCAUUAACUUCAUUCGCGGUCGUUGCUUCUUUUCUAACCGAGCUUAAAAUGCAAAACUCGGAGCUAGGAAGGUUAGCGUUGUCGUCAGCGUUGGUGAGUGACAUGUUGAGCACAAUUGUUGCCACGAUUGGUGUUGUGGUGGUGAAGACUCCUAAUGGGAGUGUGAUGGCUAGAGAAUUGUUCUUGUUGUUUUCUCUUGUUGUGCUGAUUCCACUUCUCUUUCGACCCGCGAUGUUUUGGAUUAUAAGAAAAACCCCAGAAGGAAGGCCUGUGAGUGAGGGUUACAUUUACAUGAUCACCGCAAUGGUGUUUGUUCUAGGAGUAGUUUCAGUCAAGAUAAAUCAUGAGUUUGUUCUAGGAGCUUUUAUUUUGGGACUUUCUGUUCCGGAAGGGCCACCAUUGGGAUCUGUGUUGGUUAAGAAGCUUCAUUUCUUUGGAAACACAUUCCUUUUGCCAAUCUUUGUGACCACUUCUAUGUUAAGGGCAGAUUUGAAGAUGGACUAUGCAUCCACAACAACUUUGGUUAUUGGUUUGGUAGUGCUUGUUACCCAUGUGGUCAAAAUCAUUGCUUGCUUUCUACCUGCGCUCUUUUGCCAAAUGCCUGUCAGUGAUGCUUUAACUGUUGCCUUCAUCAUGAACACCAAAGGCAUAGUGGAAGUUGGUUUCUUCUGUUCCCUCUACGACAAUAAUUUAAUUGGGAGUAAAACAUAUGCUUUGAUGAUGAUCAGUGUGAUGGUCGUAGCCACUAUUAUGCAGUUGUUAGUGAAGAUUUUGUAUGAUCCUUCAAGAAAAUAUGCGAGCUAUCAACAAAGAAACAUCAUCAAUUUAAAACCCAACUCCGAGCUGAGGAUACUCAUAACCAUUCAUAAACCAAACCACAUUUCACCCUCAAUAGAUUUCCUCGACGUCUGUCAUCCAACAACAGAACAUCCUAUUGUUGUGGAUGCGCUGCAUCUAGUCGAGCUAGUUGGGCAAUCCUUACCCAUUUUCACCUCUCACGCUCUUCAAAGACAAUCAUCAUCAGCAAGCUCUCACAGGUCAUACUCGGAUAAUGUCAUUCUUGCUUUCGAUAUCUUUCAACAUAACAACCAAAAUGCGACAUCAGUGUUCACUUACACAGCAAUAUCCCCACCCGACCUCAUGUAUGAAAAUGUGUGCACCCUUGCAUUAGAUAAACUAGCAUCCAUGAUAGUGCUUCCUUUUCACCAAAGAUGGUCAAGUGAUGGUGGAAUCGAGUCGGAUGACAAGAACUUAAGAGCACUAAAUUGCAAGGUCCUUGAAACCGCUCCAUGCACGGUCGGAAUCCACAUAUGUCGUGCCUCUCACCCGAGAAAAGACUCAUGCACUAAACUAGCCAUGAUUUAUUUGGGUGGAACAGAUGAUCAAGAGGCUUUGUGCUUGGCGAAACGAGCAAUCGUGAACCCGAAUAUUAGGAUGGUUGUUUACCACCUUGUUGUUAAGCAUCACGCAGCGGAAUUGGAGGACCUUAUGGUGAUGGAAGAUUAUUUGUUGCAAGAAGUGAAACAUGCACAUAAUGUGGCAUAUAAAGAAGUGUUUGUGAAAGAUGGAUCUGACACAACUGCUUUUCUUCGUGACGUCGUGAAAGAGCAUGAGUUUUUUAUAGUUGGGAGACGACAUGAGAUCAACGCGCCUCAAACCAUGGGACUUACAGACUGGAGUGAAUUUCCAGAAUUAGGUGUCAUUGCUGAUGUUCUUUCUUCACCAGAUUUUAAGAGCGAUGCAUCGGUUUUGGUGGUGCAGCAACAACUAUCACGCAAGAAAAGUACUAAAAGAUUGAUAUUUUAGCUAUUAAAAAAAUCAACAUAGAUUAAAUUUUGUAUAUUUAUGCAUUUAAAAUUUUACAUAUACGUUGUUAGCUAAAUAUCCACGUAAUUUUUAGAAACUUCUAAAAUUUAA